AUGGCAACGCUCCGUGUUUACUCCCUUCUGCGCUAUCCGAUAGCAUUGAAAUUAAAACGGUCUAAACAAAGAGCCAUCGGGCCCUUUUACAAUGGAGUCGACGCGGCUCUGAUAAAGCCCAAAAUGGAUUCCUCUGUGCAGACAACAUGUCGCGACCCUUAA